AUGGUUCAAGUACAUGCAGUCUCGCCCCUCUCUCAGAGCGGCAAUGCCAUGCUCGAGACGGGCGGUGGCAGAUCUGAAAACAUGGUCUUAUCGAGGGAGGAGCAUGAUCAGAGGGCCCGGGAGUUGGCGAUGAAGAGAGGCAUGAAGAGGGUGCCUCGGCGGGGAUGGUCCUUGACGGAAUAUCAAGGACAGAACGACGGACCGCAUCACUUCCACGCUGCGAUGCCUACGACCAUCGAUCGCAUUCCGGAACAUGCGGCCGUCCCUCCAAGCCCGGCACCGCAGCAGCCCGUCCAAGAGCAGCCCACCCAGCUGCCACAACGCCCGAAGCUGCCGCCGCCUCGCCGCUCGUACUCUGUCACAGACAAGGAGCCAGAACCUGCGAACCAACCUCGACCGUCUGCUCGCCUCACCCUUAUCGACCUUCCUUCCGAGCUUCACUACGCCAUCUUUGACUUCCUCGACCCCAUCGAUGGCGCAUGCCUCGGCCUUACACACUCCAAGCUGUAUGACAUCCACCGCCGCAAGAAUGGCACUGUCCCGCUGUCUAGCCGGUAUUCUGGCCCCAACGACAUCGAAUGGGCAUGGCGGGGUGCCGGACCUCUCGUUCACCCGCACUCCAACAGCAGCGCCGCUGAGAACGACCUGGAGCGCCUGCGGGUGAAAGGCCAGGUAUACUGUCGCAAGUGCGGCAUCUCGCGCUGCGAACUUCACAGGCACCUAAAAGAUUGGUUCGGCGAGGACGCCGAGUACUGCGAGAUCAAGGAGAUGUACGGCCCGCCAGCCAGAUCUAACGCAAAGAAAUACUGCUUCAUGCGAUCUCCCAAGAAUCCUCACUGGUGCGGGCGUCAUGGGGCCAAGAUGACGGCAUCUCAAUGA